AUGAUGAUGAAGCAGAAGGAAAAGAUUGAGUGCAAUAAUAAGAAGAUAAUAAAGAACAAGAAGACCAUGAAAAGCAGGAUGGAGAUAAAGAAGACGGGGUUUACUUCAAAAAAGCUUCCAGCCGUCGGGACUAUGCAUCCAGUACAAGCGGCAAAACAGGAAAGCGGAGCAGGCAAAGCACGUGGUACGGGGAUGGGAUCCGAUCUAUAUGCAUUGUUGGAAGUCCCUCAUGGGGCCUCGACCGAGGAUAUUAGGAAAGCCUACAAAAAACUGGCUUUGCAGUAUCAUCCCGAUAAGAAUGAUGAUCCUAAAGCAGAGGCCCGCUUUAAAGAGAUUGCACAGGCAUAUGAAAUACUUUCUAACUCUGAGCGAAGACGAAUUUAUGAUCAGUUCGGUGAAGAAGGCCUUCGCGCAGGAACUUCUGGGAGAACAAACACUUUCAAGCCAUUUGCAAAAGACUUCAAUCCCUUUAACACUUUUCGAAUGUUCUUCGGAGGCACUGAUCCCUUUUCGGAUAUCUUUGGGAUGUCCUCUGGCGUAAGCUUACUUUGA